AUGGGUGGCCCUGCACGGGCUCUUCUUGGCGGGUUCGGCACCACCACCUCCUCCCUGGAGGUCGGGGCCUGGCCAAGCAACAGCCCCCUGGACCUCAACCAAACCCUGCCAUGGGGGAUCGGACUGGGGGGCAGCAGUGGAGGUGGAGGCGCAGCCGCCAUGAGUUUCGGUCUGGACAAUUCUAGCACCCAGGAGUCUGUCAGCAGGGCGGUGAUGAAAGAGAAGAACUGGCCGGCGCUGCUCAUACUGGUCAUCAUCGCGCUGACGGUUGGCGGCAACAUUCUGGUGAUCCUGGCGGUGUCGCUGGAGAAGAAGCUCCAAAACGCCACCAACUUCUUUCUGAGGUCGCUGGCCGUGGCGGACAUGCUCGUGGGCAUCCUGGUCAUGCCAAUCUCCCUGAUCAACAUCCUGUACGGCGUAUCGAUGCCUAUUCCGGUGAUCGGCCUCCACAACGAGGACAAGGUCUUUGUCAACGGCAGCUGUGUCCUCAACGAGGAGCGCUUCAUGCUGAUUGGCUCCUUUGUGGCCUUCUUCAUUCCGCUGGUCAUCAUGGUGGUGACGUACUGCCUCACCAUACAGGUGCUCCAGAGGCAGGCCACAGUCUUCCUGCACGAGGCAAAGACUUCUUCCCAGCAGCCUUUGCACACACCAGCAAUGUCAAACACACUGCAGCCUCCACCCAGCACCUUCCAGAUUCCUCAGAUCAACACGCUCGCUCCUUCAGACUCACAAGAGUUGAAGCCGCCGCCCCCUCAGAGCAGGAGAAACACCCUGAGCUGCCUGAAAGGUGCCGAGCCCAGCAUGCUGCUCAGCGCCUCCACCUCAGACAGCAUCAGCAUCAUUCCCAGCUCCGAGGUGGCGUCGCAGCUCAGCUCGCCAGCCGCCGGGCCGGGCCGGAGCGACACGUCGGGUUGCCACGGGCGACGGGGGAUGAUGCAGGCCAUAAAAAACGAGAGGCGGGCCUCAAAGGUCCUGGGAAUUGUCUUCUUUCUCUUCCUCAUCAUGUGGUGUCCCUUCUUCAUCACCAAUGUCACCUCCGUCUUGUGCCGCGACUCCUGCAACGAGUCGCUGCUCCACGACCUGCUCAACGUCUUCGUCUGGGUGGGCUACAUCUCCUCCGGGGUCAACCCUCUGGUCUACACCCUCUUCAAUAAGACCUACAGGAGGGCCUUCUCCAGCUACAUCAGGUGCCAGUACAAAGUCGGGGCCAACGCAGCCGGACAGAGUUGCAAAACCCUCCUGGUCCCCCCUCCGUGCCCGUCGCACGCCGUCACGCCUCUUCUGAUGGGCGGCCACGGGAAGGCGGGGGUGGACCGCAACAGUAACUGUCGCAAUGGCGGCCGGGGGGACAACGGGAGGCUGACGGUGGACCCAGAGGACACGACAGAUGACGGGACACAAAUAGGAAUAGCGUCACAGAGCCUCUCAGAGUGCCACAACAUCGGGAUACUUUCAGAAACGGAGCCGGAAACGGAGCUGGAGCAGGAGCUGUCCCUCAUCAGCUACAGUCCUGCCUCCAGAGAACACACCAGCAGCGUGUGA